CUUCUCUGUGUUACGUUCACUGACACACUCACUCGCACCGUAAGGACAGAGAGACUGACCGCACCGGGAGAUGAUGUGGAGCGUUGUGAUGCUCCUGGCCUCGGCCCUCAGUGUGGAUUCCUUUGCUGGCCAUGACCUCCAUGAGCGUUUGGACCAUGGCCGCCAGUUGAAGAUCUAUCUGCCCAAGAGUGCGGAGAAGCUGGAGUUCGUCUCAUCUGAGGUUCCCCGCAGGAACUUUGUUUACUGGGAUCAUAACAGAAUCAGGACGAGCAAAGGCAGGGUGUCCGGCACAGGCAGCGACCGACGCUGGUACAUCGACAAGGUGACCUAUGAGGACGAGGGGACAUACAUCCAGAGAGACUUCUGGGAUAAAGAGAUCUCUUCUGUCAAAGUGGCCGUCAAACCCAGACGCAACUUUGUGAAGCGCGUGGCAGGAGAGAGUCUCUACGUCUCUCUGGAGGGCAUUGACCUGGCCGACGCCAGCCUGUCCUUUGCUGGGGAGGGUGCCAACAUUACACUGGUGCAUGAUGGUGCUCCAGUCGCCCAGGACUUUCCGAACUACUGGAACCGUGUUCAGACCCACUCCAUGAACAUCGAGAUCAGGAACGUGAACUUCAGUGAUGUGGGACACUACACCCUGAGAGACCACAGAGACCGCAUGGUGUCAAUCACCAGGAUGGACCUAACAGACCACCAUGAUGACUCAGAUGGAAACCCCCUCCUGGCCCUGCUUUUGCUGCUGGGCAUCCCGGCUGGGAUCUGUUGCUGCUGUCGGAAAAAGAUUUUUAAGAAGAAAGCCCCCCACACUGCAGCGCUGCAGAACUCCCCACAUGUUAUUCAUCCCCCCCCCGGGGGUCCUGUUGGACCUGCUCCCCCAUACAACACUCCCGGACAACCAGGAGUGGUGUAUUACCACGGGCCGGACCCCGGCAUGGGUCCUGCAGUCCAUCCUCCACCCGGCCCAGGGCAGUGGAACGGCCCCCCCCCCUCUCCUGGGUACAACCCGGCCUACCCAGGCUACCCCCCCCAGAACCCUUCGUAUCCUCCUGCUGGUCCAGCUAUGUAUCCCCCUGCCCAGCCUCCACAAUGGAACGGUCCACCACCAGGCCAGUACCCCCCUGGACCUGCAGCCCCAAUGGGUUACGCUUCAGCUCCAGGCAUGUACAGCGCUCCACCUGCCAGUGAACAUGCUCAGGAGGAGGUGAAGACCAACAGCAUGGCAGCCUCCCCCGCUGACCCCCUACUGACUGCCCCAUCACAGUCUGAAGCUGCGUCCUCUUCUAUGGCCCCCGUGUCCCCAGUGGCCCCCUCCUCCACCAACAUCCUCAGCUCUGCUGAUGAAUCCUCCCAGUUCAAGAUUGAAGGAGACCAAAACACCAACUUCCUUUAGGGUGCUUCCUCUGGAGCAGCCUCCUCCCUCUGGUGUCAGGUGAAACACUGGAAAGUAGAUUAUAUUCUGUAUCUCCUUGAUCCAUAUUGAAUCCCAUCUCACUGAAGAUCAAGGGAUUUUAGGCUAAAUGAGCCAACUUUUUUGGAAUAAGAUCUACUGACUCUUGCAGUGGGAGUCCAGAGUUGAUGAGACAAAGAAAGGAUUUAGUUUCUUAAAGAGAAAGCAUAUGGAAUAGAAAUGUAUUAUGAUCAUUUGAUGAGUAAAUCUAAACAGCUGGGUUCAUUUUAACAAGUCAAGAACAUGUCGUAGCACAUCACUGUGGUUUUAUCUAAAUUGUAUUUAUUCCAGCUAUUUUACUUUUUUAUUAUAAUUUUUUUCUGUUUAUUAGAGAGGAAGCCGAGCAAUCGAGCAAAAUACUUGAGGAAGUGAAGAGUCAGAAGCAACAAAAGGAAACCAAGCAGUUCAACCCCCACCCUCAACAAUAGCUCCUCACAGACUGCCGUACACGAGGAAUGCUUCACUGGCAGAGUGGUUGCCUUGGGGUGUGUUCAGACUCAACAUGUUAUUGUUAUUUUACAAUGAAUUUGGAAAUGUGUUCUGUCUGUGUUUUUGGCAGACUGAGACCAUAUGACACUGAGUGUGAGUGUGUGUAAAACAUCAAACUAAUGUAAGCGUCACAUUCUGAACACACCUUCAGGGUAACAUUUCCUCUUCAAAAGUGAAUCACCAUCUCAGGUUGGCUUCAGUCUUUCUUGGUGCCAGAUCAUAUAGAACCCACAUUAAGGUCCUUUGUAUGUCAGGUGAUGUUGUUCUUCAAUGUCUGGAGGCAGGCUGGAGUCUAAAGUCAAGCACUACCAGUUGGGGUAUGCUGGGGUGCGUCGGAUUUCAGAAGUUCCCUCAGAUACUAACUUAAGGGAAGAACUGUUUCGAAAUUGAUAAACCAAAACCUACCUCAUGUUUGGAUUUUAUGCCUCUUCAUGUCAGCAGUCGUGUUUGUAUUAGUCAAUGCUAGGAUUGUUUGUGUAGAGAAACAUUUGGCCACAAACACCUUGAUUCUUCUGAUAGUAAUCAUUUCAUUCCAAUGAAGUAUUCCAGUCUAAGUCCUCGCAACCAAAAUGUUGCAAGGACUUAGACCAGAAGAACCACUCUGACUGCCUUUGAGCGUGUUCUCAUCCCUCCUGACUAUUACAGCAAAAAAGAUUAUCACUCCAUCCAGAGCCCGGAUCCCAGACUGUAUCACCAAACCAUUAGCUGCAUUAAGCUAGAGUGUGCAGCGUUGUUUGUCAGCUGCUAUGAACAUUUAAGAAUACGCACACAUUGAUUUUUACAGACCAAGUGCCACCACACCAAUAUGCUUUGAGCUUUGGUACUUUGUUACUCUUUCAUAUCAGAUCACUGAUCAGUAGCCGGAUGUUCCUGUCCCUUCGGAUAUCCUGAGUGGAGGCAGCAACAUUCCUAUACAUCUCAAAUGUUCACCAAAAAUACACUAACAGUUGUUCAUUUAACUGUAGAUAGCAUCACUAAUGCCUUUCUUAACAGCAAUGUAGUCUUUCGUUUUGUCUCUGAAGGUGGGUUAACGGGUAUGCCCUUAGAUUAAUGUCCUGUCCUGCAUAUGUUGUGGAGUAAGCUAGCUGUCUGUAGACACCAGUUACACUGAACAGCCAACUACGGUAUUUUAAAAAAAUCUUUCUGUGUUUUUAGUCUUGUUUUGUUACAUGUAUGAACACUUUAAAAUGAAUUGUGGUUGAAAUUGUUUAUUUGUAAACGUAUUCUAUGAUACUAACAGAGUGUAGAUGUAUUUGAUGGGUGUUAUGGAGUUGGAGACACCACCAUGGCUCCGAACGUGUGGUUCUUUGGUCGCUCCAGUUCCAUUCCCUAUGGAUGUCAUUGAACUUUUUGAUUCAUACCUCUCAUUUUAUACCAAACAGUCAAGUAUACACACUGUAUAUGGAUGUGCAACUCUGUCAAUGAAACUACGCAUGAAUCUGA